GGUCUUGGCUUACUGAUCUAGAAUAUGCCGAUGACAUAGUUCUAUUCGGUGAAGACGCUGACAAAAUGCAGAGUCUUCUGACUACCAUAAGCAACAAUGCGAGCAUGUUCGGGAUGCGGUUUUCCCCCUCGAAAUGCAAAAUGUUGCUUCAAGACUGGGUUGCAUUGGCACCUGAACUAGUGAUAGGGAGUGAAGUAGUCGAGCGUGUAGAUCACUUCACUUAUCUUGGGAGUCUCAUCAGUGCUGACGGUCUGGUGACUGACGAAAUCUCAGCUCGGAUACAGAAGGCUCGAUUGGCUUUUGCCAACCUGCGUCACUUAUGGCGUAGGCGUGAUAUCCGUUCGCUAACCAAAGGGCGGGUGUACUGCGCAGCAGUUCGUUCCGUUCUCUUAUAUGGCUGUGAAACAUGGCCGUUAAGAGUAGAAGAUGUUCGUAGGUUACUAGUAUUCGAUCAUAGAUGUUUAAGAAGCAUUGCUCGUAUAUCGUGGGACAGCCGAGUAAGCAAUGCUGUCGUUAGGAAACGAGUACUAGGUAAGGAUGGCAGAUCAAUCGAUGAAGUAGUGAAACUUCAUCAUUUGAGGUGGUUGGGACAUGUGUUACGAAUGCCUAACCACCGACUGCCUCGACGAGCUAUGUUUUGUGGUGUAGGAGUAGGUUGGAAGAAAGCUAGGGGCGGCCAAACCAAAGCAUGGCAGAAAUCCAUGAAGUCACUGACAAGUGGACUGAGUCAUGUUGGUAGAUGUAGACUACCUGGUUGGGGUCCGCGAGACGAAAGUCAUCAAUGGUUAGAGACCUUGAACGACAUGGCUCAAAAUCGUUUGCAAUGGCGCAGGUGCAUCCACUCUUUGAGCUCUCUCAAAUCCUAAUCUUCUG